AUGAUGCGAUUGGUUGAGGUGGGGAUCCAGCGGAGCGCAGGCCACACCCUCGCUCACCUCGACCCCGCGGCCGGCGCGGACGCUGACUCCGACGCUUCUCCGGCGGUGGCAGUCGCUGUGGCAGUGGUGGACGCCCUCCUCAUCUCCUCGGCCGCCAUCCUCGUCGUCGCGGUGGCUCAUCGACGCAUACGACGUGGGGAGCACGGCAAGGGGCGUCGGCCUCCCCACUUCUCCACCUUCCUCCUCCCCGGCGUCCUCUCGCCCCACUCGUCGAUGUCGCUUGGGAGGAGCGGAGGGGGCGGGAGUCGACGGCGGAGGGCCGGGGAGGAGCGGAGGUGGGAUGCCGGGGAACGGAGGAGGCGGCGGCUCGGGCGCGGAGGGGACCAGGGAAUGGGGAGGCGAGCCGGUGAAGUCGGCGGCUCGGGCGCAGAGGGGAGGGGAGACGGAAGGCCGAGCGGACGGGGCUUCUUAAGUAGUAGAGAUAGAGAUAGAGAUAGAGAUUCUUCUCUGAGACGAGAGGCGUCGACCGAUCCACUCCGACGACUCGCCGCCCUCUUCCCCCUCGCGAUAUUCGGAGGAAGAAGGGCCUCGACAAGAGGGAGGAUUCAGGGGAUCGGAAUGGCUCUGCGGGCCGCAAGGAAGCUGGCGUCUUGUAGCCGCCAACGACGCCUCCUCCUCCUGCUGCCCUCCCCGGCCCCCAACAUGCCGGCAGCCUUCCUCCACUCCCACGCCACCAGCUUCGGGUACAAGCAAGUGCGUGAAGAGGAAAAGAGCAGAUUGGUUGGCAACGUUUUCAGCAGCGUCGCCUCCAGCUACGAUCUCAUGAGCAUCGGCCUGCAUAGGUUGUGGAAGGACAGGCUCAUUUCGAAGUUGAAUCCCUUUCCGGGGAUGAAGCAUCUCGACGUGGCUGGUGGAACAGGAGAUGUUGCUUUUCGUGUACUGGAAAGAAUUAAGAGCGUGAGCCACAGAGCUAUGCAGGGUACUCUUACUGAUGUUGAAGAAGACACUCACAUAUAUGUUUGUGACAUUAAUCCAAAUAUGCUAAAUGUUGGAAAGAAGCGUGCUGCAGAAAGAGGCUACAGAGAAGAGCAUUGUCUUAGUUGGAUACAAGGAGAUGCAGAAGCUCUGAGUUUCGAGGAUGGAUCUAUGGAUGGCUAUACUAUCGCAUUUGGGAUCAGAAAUGUGACACACAUUGAGAAAGCUCUAUCAGAAGCUUACAGAGUUCUAAAGAGAGGGGGAAGGUUCCUAUGCUUGGAGUUGAGUCAUGUGGAUGUUCCGCUUUUUAAAGAAAUUUACGAUGUUUAUUCAUUUUCUGUGAUUCCGGCUAUGGGAGAGCUAGUUGCUGGUGAUCGACAGUCGUACCAAUACUUGGUUGAGAGUGUUCGUCGGUUUCCAAAUCAGGAAAAGUUCGCACAAAUGAUCCAGGACGCCGGAUUUGAGAGAGUAGAAUAUGAAAAUCUCGUUGGCGGUGUAGUUGCCGUUCACUCUGGGCUGAAAAUGUAGAGUAGUGAGCUGAACCGCAGCUUCACAGAGCGAUACUUUUGUAUGUAAGUUCUAUUUAUUUUUCUUAUUCGCCUCCGAGUAAGGACUGAUGUAAGUUUGGCACAGUGUGUGCUACGUUGGGCAAUGAGUUGCUAAGUGUUUGACCUGCGGAAAGAAAUGCUUACAUCUUUGGUUUUGCGCCUCCA